AUGCAGUUCAUGUUCCUUGAUGCGCACGCCUUCAACCAACCAGUUGGCUCAUGGGAUACAUCUAAGGUGGAGAACAUGCACGCAAUGUUUGACAAUGCUUAUGUGUUCAAUCAGCCCAUCCGUUCGUGGAACACGCAAGCAGUGACAGACAUGAGCUGGAUGUUCUCCGGUGCCCGAGCAUUCAACCAGCAGAUUGGCUCAUGGGACGUCUCGGCAGUGACGACUAUGCGUGCCAUGUUCGUGGAUGCGCACGCCUUCAACCAACCACUUGGCUCAUGGGAUACAUCGCAGGUAAAGAGCAUGCGCACAAUGUUUCAGAGUGCGCAUGUGUUCAAUCAGCCCAUCGGUUCGUGGAAUACGGCAGCAGUUACAGACAUGAGCUGGAUGUUCUUCGGUGCCCAAUCAUUCAACCAGCCUAUCGGCUCAUGGGAUAUAUCCUCGGUGACAACCAUGCGUUCAAUGUUUCAGAAAGCUUAUGCGUUCAACCGGCCCAUCGAUUCGUGGAAUACGGCUGCAGUUGCGAACAUGAGUUUUAUGUUCUGGGGUUCUCGCGUGUUCAAUCAGCCCAUUGGUCAGUGGAACACAUCCCAAGUGAAAAGUAUGCUGUCUAUGUUCGAGCAUGCCUAUAAGUUUGACCAGCCCAUUGGAUCCUGGAACACGUUCACCGUCACGGAUAUGAGCAGGAUGUUCCUUCAAGCUACUACUUUUAACCAGCCCAUCGGUUCCUGGGACACAUCGUCGGUGACCAGCAUGAACCGCAUGUUCUAUGCGGCAAAAGCUUUCAAUCAGCCUGUUGGCUCGUGGGAUGUGUCAAAAGUGACAGACAUGCAGGCAGUCUUCUGCCGAGCGAGUCGCUUCAACCAACCCCUCGCCUCCUGGAAUGUGUCUGCCGUUGUGUCGAUGAGUGGAAUGUUUGAGAGAGCACUUGAAUUCAACCGGCCCAUCGGCUCAUGGGAUACUUCAGCCGUGCACGACAUGUCGCUUCUGUUCGCAAGGACGGCUCGAUACAACCAGCCCAUCUCUUCCUGGAACACGUCGGCAGUUACAGACAUGAGCCGGAUGUUCUAUGCUGCCCGUGCCUUCAAUCAGCCCAUGGGUGGCUUGGAUACCUCAGCAGUAACGAACAUGAAAGGAAUGUUCACACUUGCGGCGGCGUUCAACCAGCCCAUCGGGUCCUGGAACACAUCUGCCGUAACAGAUAUGUCUUUCAUGUUUCGUGAUGCGACUGCUUUCGACCAGGCUAUUGGCUCCUGGAGCACAUCAGCCGUUGUCAAGAUGAGGGGCAUGUUCUACGCGGCGGUAGUAUUCAAUCACCCGCUCUCUGCAUGGACUACAUCUUCGGUGGUGGACAUGAACUCGAUGUUUCUCAAGGCCUAUGCCUUCAACCAGCCUCUUCAUUCCUGGGAUACAUCAACUGUAGCAAACAUGAGAGGGAUGUUUGCCGGCGCAGUAUCCUUCAAUCAGCCGCUCGCGUCGUGGAACACAUCAGCGGUGACAGAUAUGAGCUUCAUGUUCCAGAAGGCAUUCGCUUUUGAUCGCUGGAUAGGCUGCUGGGACACAUCAGCUGUGAGGGACAUGCAAGGAAUGUUUUCUGGAGCUUUCGUGUUCAAUCAGCCUCUCGCUACCUGGAAUACUGCAAGCGUGACAGAUAUGAGCGGUAUGUUUGAAACAGCGGUUGCCUUUAAUCAGCCUGUUGGCGAAUGGGAUACCUCGGCUGUUACAGACUUCAGCCACAUGUUUCAUGACGCUUCUUCGUUCAAUCAGCCGCUCUCCUCUUGGCAAACGACGGCUGUGACAGACAUGAAGGGCAUGUUUGACGGUGCUCACACCUUCAACCAGCCUAUCGGCUCGUGGGACACUGCAGCGGUGACCAACAUGCAUGCCAUGUUUCGCCAUGCAUCGGCAUUCAAUCAGCCGCUUGGCUCGUGGGACAUGUCGGCUGUCGUGGAUGCCAGCUACAUGUUCUAUGCUGCAUCUGUUUUUGACCAGCCCCUCGACUCGUGGGAUAUGUCGGCAUUAACGGAUGCAAGCUUCAUGUUUCAGCUUGCCGUUUCGUUCAACCGCGUGAGUGAUGUGGAGGGCUGGCACUCAGCAUCGUCACCCGCGAACCACACAGGCGCGACUCGUUCCUUCUUCAUGCAGGCGAUGGCCAGCUCAACUGACGCCGACGGGUUGUUUCAUCUUGCAGAGAAGUUCGCCCGCCCUCCGUGUCAAACCGGAUUCAGGCCCGUUGCCGGUGUUUGCACCUCCUGCCCACAGGGACAUUACGCAGUGGCCGGCGAGUCCCAAUGUCAGGAAUGCCCAAAGGGAGCCGUUCCCACCGCGGAUCGGGGCAGUUGCAGAGACUGUCGCUUUGGGACCUCUUCCUUUGAGUGUCGGGACUCAUGCGCUUUUCCAUUCAUGUUGUAUGACCACGGCUGUGAGCUUUGGCCAUGGCCGGUUAUGAUUGUCAGUGUCGUGUCCCUCUUCGUGGCUGUGCAGGUCGGGGUGGCCUGGUGGCGUGCGCGUAAAGCUGCGAAGCUCGCUGCCGAGAUCAGGGCUGUGAAGGCGCAGAUGUACGCUGACCUGUGGCAGGAGCAACCGGGCACCGUCGGUGAGUAUUCAGCUCGCUGGGAGAAGCUCGGUGUUGACGAGGCAGAGGUCACCAAGGAGGUGGCAGCAAUGCGGGCACAGCAAAGCAAGAUCGCAGGAGUUAGCAUGCGGUACCUGCUCUCCCAGGAGUUCACAAGUUUGGCCAGGCGGCGAACCGGCAUGAAUGAUCCGACCUUUAUUGACAUGAAGAAAGCCUUCUGGCUAGCGGCGGACCCGAUUGGCGAACAUGUUCAGUGUCCGCGGGAUGGCAAGAUGGGUUGUGCACUUGUGGACUGGAUACCCAAGAAUGAGCGGCGAGCUCAAACACACUUCCUGUCUUGGGUGUGGGGAUACCAUAUGUCGCAGGUACAAAGUGCAUUGAGGAUGUACCGCUUGAGUGCUCAUUCGGCACCUGCAGCUGAGCACAUGUUCUUUUUUAUGUGCUUUUUUGUUAAUAAUCAAUAUAGAAUUAUUGUCGAAGAGACAGCUGCGGGCAGUGAGAACCUUGAGACCAUCUUCGAGGAGAACCUGAAGCGAAGCGGGCAGAUGGUGGCUGUUUUGGACACCUGGCACAAACCAGUGUACCUGAGCAGGAUAUGGACUGUGUACGAGCAGUUCAUGGCUUCCACUCUUCAGAUACCCGUCACGAUUGUGAUGCCAGACUCCGCCAUGACGUCUGUUCAGCAGCAGAUCUCUUGCGGCAAGCAGGGCAUUCAGGAGAUCACGGUUUCCUUGAGCCGUGUCGACUCCGAAAAUGCAGGGGCAUGGAAGAAGGAAGAUGAGGCAAAGGUGAAGGGAAUCAUCGAGGAUACCGUGGGUUUCAGGCACGUCAAUAGUCACGUGACCGAGGUCAUGGUAAGAUGGAUCGGAGACGUGGUCAAGCAUCAGUUUCACGAGUUGAUCCAGCAAGCGCAGGGCAGCCAGCAGUCAGAGAAUUCUAGGCCGAUGAAAGUGAACGCGACCGCCGUCUGUGCAGCCAGCUGCGAACGGCUUAUGUACCUCAGCUUCGUUGGGGCUGCAGAUGCAGUGAACAUGAUGGUGGGGCGUGCUGAUUGCGGUGCACUUCGAAAUCUCAAGGGCUUCAACUUCGUUUUUUUCCCGGACCCCGCACUGCAAAGCCGGCCGCUGCAGAUGCAGCUGGCGCGUGCGCGAGAGCUGCUGGAUAGGGGCACAAAUCCGGCCGGCCACAUCCCCAACCGCAACGUGACCCAGGCGUGGAUCUGCUUCUUGGACAUCGCCAUUGAGGUGGGGCUCGAGUUGCGCGAGGCUGUGGUUGCUUGGGCAAAUGGUUCAGCAGGAAGGAGGGACCUUGCUGCGACAUACGGUGACAUUGCGAACUGGGAUGUUUCUGGCGUGAGCAACAUGAGCGGUUUGUUCCAGGACCUUCCCAUGUUCAACGAAGAUCUCCGUUUGUGGAAUACUUCAUCAGUGACCGAUAUGCGCGGAAUGUUUAAGAACGCACGCGCCUUCAAUCAGCCGAUUGGAGCAUGGGACACAGCAGCUGUCAUGGACAUGAGCAAGAUGUUCGAGAAGGCGCAUGCUUUCAACCAGCCGGUCGGUUCGUGGAACACAUCAGCUGUAACCACCAUGGAGGACAUGUUCUGUGAUGCUCACGCUUUCAACCAACCAGUUGGCUCAUGGGAUACAUCCCAGGUGAAGGACAUGAAUGCAAUGUUUGACAACGCGCACGUGUUCAAUCAGCCCAUCGGUUUGUGGAAUACAUCAGCUGUCACGGACAUGCGGUUCAUGUUCUCCGAUGCUCACGCCUUCAACCAAUCAGUUGGCUCAUGGGAUACAUCUCACGUGAAGAACAUGUCCGCAAUGUUCCAGAACGCUUAUGUGUUGAAUCAGCCCCUCGGUUCGUGGAACACGCAGGCAGUCACCGACAUGGGCUGGAUGUUCUUCGGGGCGCAGGCAUUCAACCAGCCGAUCGGUUCAUGGGAUGUCUCGGCAGUUGCGAGUAUGAAGGCCAUGUUCUGCAAAGCCACUUCUUUCAAUCAGCCUGUGGGCUCGUGGAACACAUCAUCUGUGACCGACAUGGACUCGAUGUUCGAGAAUGCGAAAGCUUUCAACCAGCCCAUCGGUUCCUGGGACACCUCAGCUGUAACUACCAUGCAGUUCAUGUUCUCCGAUGCGCUCGCCUUCAACCAAUCAGUUGGCUCAUGGGAUACAUCUCACGUGAAGAACAUGUUCGCAAUGUUCCAGAACGCUUAUGUGUUGAAUCAGCCCCUCGGUCUGUGGAACACGCAGGCAGUCACCGACAUGGGCUGGAUGUUCUUCGGGGCGCAGGCAUUCAACCAGCCGAUCGGUUCAUGGGAUGUCUCGGCAGUUGCGAGUAUGGAGGCUAUGUUCUGCAGGGCCACUUCAUUCAAUCAGCCUGUGGGCUCGUGGAACACAUCUUCGGUAACAAGCAUGCGUUCAAUGUUCGAGAACGCGAAAGCUUUCAGCCAGCCUAUUGGUGCAUGGGACGUUUCGGCAGUUGCGAGUAUGAAGUCCAUGUUCAUGAAUGCGCAUGCCUUCAACCAACCAGUUGGCUCGUGGAACACAUCUCUGGUGACAAGCAUGCGUUCCAUGUUCGAAGACGUGCAUGCUUUCAAUCAGCCCAUCGGCUCGUGGAAUACGGCAGCAGUUACUGACAUGAGCUGGAUGUUCUUCGGUGCCCAAGCAUUCAACCAGCCGGUCGGUUCAUGGGAUGUCUCGGCAGUUGCGAGUAUGAAGGCCAUGUUCUGCAAGGCCACUUCUUUCAAUCAGCCUGUGGGCUCAUGGAACACAUCUCUGGUAACAAGCAUGCAUUCAAUGUUCGAGAAGGCGAAGGUUUUCAACCAGCCCAUCGGUUCGUGGAAGACAUCAGCUGUAACCACCAUGCGGAACAUGUUCUGGGAUGCUCACGCCUUCAACCAGCCAGUUGGCUCAUGGGAUACAUCCCAGGUGAAGGACAUGAAUGCAAUGUUUGACAACGCGUAUGUGUUCAAUCAGCCCAUCGGCUCGUGGAAUACGGCAGCAGUUACUGACAUGAGCUGGAUGUUCUUCGGUGCCCAAGCAUUCAACCAGCCGGUCGGUUCAUGGGAUGUCUCGGCAGUUGCGAGUAUGAGGGCCAUGUUCUGCAAGGCCACUUCUUUCAAUCAGCCUGUGGGCUCGUGGAACACAUCUCUGGUAACAAGCAUGCGUUCAAUGUUCGAGAAGGCGAAGGUUUUCAACCAGCCCAUCGGUUCGUGGAAGACAUCAGCUGUAACCAGCAUGCAGAACAUGUUCUGGGAAGCUCACGCCUUUAACCAGCCAGUUGGCUCAUGGGAUACAUCCCAGGUGAAGGACAUGAAUGCAAUGUUCGACAACGCGUAUGUGUUCAAUCAGCCCAUCGGUUCGUGGAAUACGGCAGCAGUUACUGACAUGAGCUGGAUGUUCUUCGGUGCCCAAGCAUUCAACCAGCCGGUCGGUUCAUGGGAUGUCUCGGCAGCUGCGAGUAUGAGGGCCAUGUUCUGCAAGGCCACUUCUUUCAAUCAGCCUGUAGGCUCGUGGAACACAUCUCUGGUAACAAGCAUGCGUUCAAUGUUCGAGAAGGCGAAGGUUUUCAACCAGCCCAUCGGUUCGUGGAAGACAUCAGCUGUAACCAGCAUGCAGAACAUGUUCUGGGAUGCUCACGCCUUUAACCAGCCAGUUGGCUCAUGGGAUACAUCCCAGGUGAAGAAAAUGCAUGCAAUGUUUGAAAACGCGUAUGUGUUCAAUCAGCCCAUCGGUUCGUGGAAUACGGCAGCAGUCACUGACAUGAGCUGGAUGUUCUUCGGUGCCCAAGCAUUCAACCAGCCGGUUGGUUCAUGGGAUGUCUCAGCAGUUGCGAGUAUGAGGGCCAUGUUCUGCAAGGCCACUACUUUCAAUCAGCCUGUAGGCUCGUGGAACACAUCUCUGGUAACAAGCAUGCGUUCAAUGUUCGAGAAAGCGAAGGCUUUCAACCAGCCCAUCGGUUCGUGGAAGACAUCAGCUGUAACCACCAUGCGGAACAUCUUCUGGGAUGCUCACGCCUUCAACCAACCAGUUGGCUCAUGGGAUACAUCCCAGGUGAAGGACAUGAAUGCAAUGUUUGACAACGCGUAUGUGUUCAAUCAGCCCAUCGGUUCGUGGAAUACGGCAGCAGUCACUGACAUGAGCUGGAUGUUCUUCGGUGCCCAAGCAUUCAACCAGCCGGUCGGUUCAUGGGAUGUCUCGGCAGCUGCGAGUAUGAGGGCCAUGUUCUGCAAGGCCACUUCUUUCAAUCAGCCUGUAGGCUCGUGGAACACAUCUCUGGUAACAAACAUGCGUUCAAUGUUCGAGAAGGCGAAGGUUUUCAACCAGCCCAUCGGUUCGUGGAAGACAUCAGCUGUAACCACCAUGCAGAACAUGUUCUUGGAUGCUCACGCCUUCAACCAGCCAGUUGGCUCAUGGGAUACAUCCCAGGUGGAGGACAUGAAUGCAAUGUUUGACAACGCGUACGUGUUCAAUCAGCCCAUCGGUUCGUGGAAUACGGCAGCAGUCACUGACAUGAGCUGGAUGUUCUUCGGUGCCCAAGCAUUCAACCAGCCGCUCGGUUCAUGGGAUGUCUCGGCAGUUGCGAGUAUGAGGGCCAUGUUCUGCAAGGCCACUACUUUCAAUCAGCCUGUAGGCUCGUGGAACACAUCUCUGGUAACAAGCAUGCGUUCAAUGUUCGAGAAAGCGAAGGCUUUCAACCAGCCCAUCGGUUCGUGGAAGACAUCAGCUGUAACCACCAUGCAGUUCAUGUUUCUUGAUGCGCGUGCCUUCAACCAACCAGUUGGCUCAUGGGAUACAUCCCAGGUGAAGAACAUGCAUGCAAUGUUUGACAACGCGUAUGUGUUCAAUCAGCCCAUCGGUUCGUGGAAUACGGCAGCAGUCACUGACAUGAGCUGGAUGUUCUUCGGCUAUGUUCUGCAAGGCCACUUCGAAAAUCAGCCUGUGGGCUCAUGGAACACAUCUCUGGUAACAAGCAUGCAUUCAAUAUUCGAGAGGGCGAAUGUGUUCAAUCAGCCCAUCGGCUCGUGGAGUACGGCAGCAGUCACGGAUAUGAGCAGGAUGUUCUUUCAGGCUUAUGACUUCAACCAGCCCAUCGGUUCAUGGGACACAUCGUCGGUGACCAACAUGAACCGGAUGUUCUACGCUGCAAAGGCUUUCAAUCAGCCUGUUGGCUCAUGGGAUGUGUCAAGAGUGACAGACAUGGGGGCUGUCUUCUGCCGAGCGAGUCGCUUCAACCAACCCCUCGCCUCCUGGAAUGUGUCUGCCGUUCUGUCGAUGACUGCAAUGUUUGCGAGAGCACUCGCGUUCAACACGCCCAUUAGCUCAUGGGAUACUGCAGCCGUGCGUGCAAUGUCGCUCAUGUUCAAAAAUGCGGCUGUCUACAACCAGCCCAUCUCUUCCUGGAACACGUCGGCGGUUACUGACAUGAGCGGCAUGUUCUAUGCUGCCCGUGCCUUCAAUCAGCCCAUCGGUGGCUGGGAUACCUCAGCGGUAACGAACAUGAAUGGCAUGUUCACGCUUGCUGCGGCGUUCAACCAGCCCAUCGGGUCCUGGAAUAUAUCUGCCGUAACAGAUAUGUCUUUCAUGUUUCGUGACGCGACUGCUUUCGACCAGGCUCUUGGCUCUUGGAGCACAUCACGUGUUGUCAAGAUGAGGGGCAUGUUCUACGCAGCGGUUGUAUUCAAUCACCCACUCGCUGCAUGGACUACAUCUUCGGUGGUGGACAUGAACUCGAUGUUUCGCAAGGCCUAUUCCUUCAAUCAGCCUCUUCAUUCCUGGGUUACAUCAAAGGUAGCAACCAUGAAGGGGAUGUUUGCCGGCGCGGUGUCCUUCAAUCAGCCGCUCUCGUCAUGGAACACAUCAGCAGUGACAGAUAUGAGCUUCAUGUUCCAGAAGGCCUUCGCGUUUGAUCGCUGGAUAGGCUGCUGGGACACAUCAGCUGUGAGGGACAUGCAGGGAAUGUUUUCUGGAGCUCACGCAUUCAACCAGUCUCUUACUACCUGGGAUACUGCAAAAGUGACAGAUAUGAGCGGUAUGUUUGGAGCAGCAGUUGCCUUUAAUCAGCCUGUUGGCGAAUGGGAUACCUCGGCUGUUACAGACUUCAGCCACAUGUUUCAUGAAGCUUCUUCGUUCAAUCAGCCGCUCUCCUCUUGGCAAACGAGGGCUGUGACAGACAUGCAGAGCAUGUUUGACGGUGCUCACACAUUCAACCAGCCUAUCGGUUCGUGGAACACUGCAGCAGUAACCAACAUGCACGCCAUGUUUCGGCAUGCUUCGGUGUUCAAUCAGCCGCUUGGCUCGUGGGACAUGUCGGCUGUCGUGGAUGCCAGCUACAUGUUCUAUGCUGCAUCUGUUUUUGACCAGCCCCUCGACUCGUGGAAUAUGUCGGCAUUAACGGAUGCAAGCUUCAUGUUUCAGCUUGCCGUUUCGUUCGACCGCGUGAGUGAUGUGGAGGGCUGGCACUCAGCAUCGUCACCCGUGAACCACACGGACACGACUCCUUCCUUCUUCGAGCAGGCGAUGGCCAGAUCAACCAAGACCGACGAGUUUUCUCAUCUUGCAGAGGAGUUCGCCCGCCCGCCGUGUCAAGCCGGAUUCGGGAAUGCCCAAAGGGAGCCGUUCCCACCGCGGAUCGGGGCAGUUGCACGGUAUGACCACGGCUGUGAGCUUUGGCCAUGGCCGGUUAUGAUUGUCAGCGUCGUGUGCCUCUUCGUGGCCGUGCAGGUCGGGGUGGCCUGGUGGCGUGCCCGUAAAGCUGCGAAGCUCGCUGCCGAGAUCAGGGCUGUGAAGGUGCAGAUGUACGAUGACCUGUGGCCGGAGCUCCCGGGCACCGUCGCUGAGUAUUUAGCUCGCUUGGAGAAGCUCGGUGUUGACGAGGCGGAGGUGGCCAAGGAGGUGGCAGCAAUGCGGGCACGGCAAAGCAAGAUCGCAGGAGUUAGCAUGCGGUACCUCCUCUCCCAGGAUUUCACAAGUUUGGCCAGGCAGCGAACCGGCAUGAGUGAUCCGACCUUUAACGACAUGAAGAGAGCCUUCUGGCUGGCCGCGGACCCGAUUGGCGAACAUGUUCAGUGUCCGCGGGAUGGCAAGAUGGGUUGUGCCCUUGUGGACUGGAUACCCAAGGAUGAGCGGCGAGCUCAAACACACUUCCUGUCUUGGGUGUGGGGAUACAAUAUCUCGCAGAUACAAAGUGCAUUGAGGAUGUACCGCUUGAGUGCUCAUCUGGCUGAACACAUGUUCUUUUUUAUGUGCUUUUUUGUUAAUAACCAGUAUAGAAUUAUUGUCGAAGAGAAAGCUGCGGGCAGUGAGAACCUUGAGACCAUCUUCGAGGAGAACCUCAAGCGGAGCGGGCAGAUGGUGGCCAUUUUGGACACCUGGCACAAGCCAGUGUACCUGAGCAGGAUAUGGACUGUGUACGAGCAGUUCAUGGCUUCCACGCUUCAGAUACCCGUCACGAUUGUAAUGCCAGAGUCCGCCAUGACAUCUGUUAAGCAGCAAAUCUCUUGCGGCCAGCAGGGCAUUCAAGAGAUCACGAUAUCCUUGAGCCAUGUCGACUCCGAACAUGCAGGCGCAUGGAAGAGGGAAGAUGAGACGAAGGUGAAGGGCGCCAUCGAGGAGACAGUUGGUUUCAGGCACGUCAACAGUCACGUGACGGAGGUCAUGGUAAGAUGGAUCGGAGACGUGGUCAAGCAUCAGUUUCACGAGUUGAUCCAGCAAGCGCAGGGCAGCCAGCAGUCACAGAAUUCGAGGCCGAUGAAAGAACCUGUGGAGACAGUCACCUUUUAA